AUGGUAGCGCAGAAGAAAGGUCGUGGCGCUAAAAACCAAGCAGCGAAGGCUAAGGCCGCCGCCCAGGCUGUAGAAGAACCAGCACCCGAGAUGGAGACCUCCGAACCCGUAGAGGCGGAGGACAACAACGGCGAAGCUGAACAAAUCGAGCAUAGCGAAGAUGGUGCCGGUGACACCAGCGUCGCCGAGGGCAGCGGGGACGCCGACCAGAGCCAGGACAACGUCGAAGGCGAUGCCGCCGGCGAUGAUAAGAAAGAGGAAAAAGUGGAGUCUGGUAAAAUACUAGUUGAGAACCUCCCGUCGACGUACCUGUUCGACUACCAGGAGAAACUCAAGGAGUUGUUCUCAAAACACGGAGAAGUUACCAAUGUCAAACGUGGUCCAAUCAUUGUAACUGAACUGACCACAACUCCGACAUUAUCGGCAAUAGUCGAAUUCCAAAACAAAGAGUCUCUGGAAAAGGCGAUGUCCGAGGAGGGCACCGUGCUAGAAGGCAGCCGGAUCACCGUGUCGGUGGAGUCCCGCGCCGAGACCGCCGUGCUGGUUGGCGUGCCCUACGAGGCCAGCACUGAGUACGUCAAGUUGCUGUUCUCGCAGUGCGGCGAGGUCACACACAUACACGAGUUCAGCAAGACCAAGUACAAAAUACUGCGAGUAACAUUCCAAGACAAGGAUUGUGUGGACAAAGCUCUAAAGCUGGAUCGCGAGCUGCGCAUCAACGGCUUCCUUGUUACCGUCUCCAAGUACCGCGACGAGGACGAACAGAAGGCACACAACGCUGCCAACGUUAAUAAGAACAAGAGGCAGCACCCGAACCAGCAACAGAACAGGAAUAACUCCAACACGAACACAAACUCCAGUCCCAACUCCAACCGCGCCAACAACUUCCGCGCUCGCGGCGGAGCCUUCAACGCGAGGGGCAACUUCAGAGGAGCGCGCGGCCGUGGUGGUUUCGGAGGUCGCGGCGGUGCAUUCCCUCGCGGAGGGUUCGCUCCAGUCAACACGUACAUGCCGCCUCAAGGCUUCAUGGGCCGCCCGCAGGGUGGGUUCAUGAACGACGGCCAGCGGCCAAACAAGCGACUCCGGCAAAUGUAA